AUGCACUCAAGCGAAAACAGCACACCUAACAGCAGCACGGAAGGACCGUCAUUCUCGAAAACUCACAACGACACCCGACCGGCUGACAUUACCGCCAAAGAUGUGUGGUACCAUGGGGAAUUAAACGAACAUGAUGCCAAUCAUUUGCUUCAGGGCACAACACCAGGAGCAUUUCUAGUCCGCCAAACCGGCCCUACUCGGUUUUAUCUAUCAAUUCUAGAUCAGGACGGAUAUCCGAAACAUAUGCCAAUCCGUCAACUAACAUCGCCUCACUAUUUUUUCGAAGGAAAACGAUACGACACCCUUCGGGAUAUCGUGGAAUUCUUCAAACCAGCACUUUUUCCGAUUCGAAAAGGAGGAAUUAUGCCAAUUAAUGGAGAAAUAAUCGAGAGUAAAUAUUUGUGUUUGCGAAGUUUCGAACGACGCGAUGUUGAUGAACUGAGCGCUGAAAUCGGUGAUAUAUUGACAUUAUGUGAUACAGAUGAACUCGGAUGGAUGUUGGGACGAAAUGAGACAAAUGGAACAGUUGGAAUAAUAUUGAAAUCACAUUUGGAACCAUUGAUCUCGGACGUUGACGAUCUCGCCGAUCUACCAUAUUUCUACGAUACAGUAUCCACAGAUAUGGUUCAAUAUAAUCCAAUUGGCACAUUUCUUCUACGUCGAUCAUCAAAAGGAACUGAUACAUAUGCACUUCUAGUCAAAACACAAUUCGAUUUAGUCGAGAAAUUUCUGAUUGUUGGAUCACCAUCGAGAGGCUUCUGUUUGGCUGGCAGACCUUUUCCUACUAUUGGACAUGUGCUGACUAGAUACUGCGAUCGGGCUAUUUCCGGUGGAGUUCGUCUGACACAUGCAGUAUGUGUGAAGAAUCAACGGAAGUCUUCACGAAGAUCAACUGCAGAAGUACGAUGGCCUGUAGUUACUGAUCCGACGAUGAUAGCAAUGAGCAGUAGUCAAUAUGAUGAUAUUUUGAGGGAUAGAAAGGAGAAAACGCGUCGUAUGUUCCGUGGCACGUCAAUCGACACAGCACUCGCUUCCGCCUCUUCUUCAUUUUUGACAGCUACAACUGCAGCCACAUCGAAUUCCACGUCGACUGCAAUGCCAUCUCCAGCGAAUACUGUAUCCACUGGGAUACCCGAGAACUUGCUCGACCGAUUCAACUAUGAAGACGUCAACGAUCACGUGGAGACGAGUAGUACCACCGUCGCAUCGACUGUUGCCCUCAGAAAAUCCCGAGAAGAAAAGAGUUGGAAAGACUGUUGGUUGACAUUAUCCGAUAUUCCUGGGGGAUCAUCACAACUAUCGGUGUUCGAUUCUAUGGGAUCAAAACUACGUCAACAGCUAGAUCUAUCGACGUGUACAAUGUUUUGGUUGGAUGAAACUGUCUUCUCGGCCGACGGAUGUCUGUUCCUCUCGCCUUCAUUCCCAUCGCAAUCGGCACUUUAUCUAUGUUUCCGUCCGUUCACCACGUUCUUGAAAUGGGUUCGAAUGUUGAGAAGUCGUACAAUCUAUCAGGACGUUCCACCUCCGAUGCUUCAAGGAACGAUAUCAGUCGGAGAUCCCAACUCACAAGUCUCGUUUCUCUCGGUUGAAAUUGAUAAAUUUCGAUCGGAAUCUCUCAAACCGGACAAUCUGUACUCUGCCAAUGUGUCACUGAAUGGUGUCAGAGUGGGCACUUCGAAUUCAUUUGCACCUGCUGGAAACAAGGGACCAAACGAGUUACCGACAGUUGUGAUUGACUCGAAAUUUGUGAUUCCAUGUAUUCCAACAUGCAGCACAAAUAUUCAACUUUCAAUAAUGAGUCAUUCAUCUGCUGGCAAGAAAGGACGGUCUUGUGGAACUACAGUAACCGUUUGUCUCAACGAGAACAAUGAAAGCGUCUUCCAACAAACUGUCGAGACUGCCGGUUUCGUGUUCCGUGCUCAGAGAACUCGAUGUCCAGUGUUGCCGUUAGAUCGGUAUAAACCAAUGUUGGAGAUGAUUAGAGAAUCACCAACAUCCCUCUUGUCAUGCCCAUCACAAGUACUUCCACCUCAUCUGAAGCAAUUUAUGUACUCGUGUAUCUCACAUUUGUAUGCACUCAAUCCACAAUUUAUGAGUCCUGUUAUUAGACGAGUAAUCAGCGAUGUUCUCACCACAUCAACUCCAGAAGAUGUCUUCCGAAAGGAUUCAUUGGCUACUGGAAUCAUAACUCAAUGCCUUCGACAUCUGUUCAAAACUCCAUUCGACGAAUUCCUUCUCGAAAAUUCACAAUUUUGUCAAUCCCUCAAAUCCAAUAACACUGGAAAUUUGGAAUCGGCUGUCGAACAACUCGUCACUUUUGUCGAUCAACGUCUUCUGACUAUCCCAUUGGCGACACGUCUUCUUACAAUCGCUGCCGAGUGCGCACGUCAUCGUUUUGGAGAUGAUGAACGUCAUCUGGUGAAGCGAACGUUGAGUGCUCUUCUGAUUCUUCGUGUUCUGAAUCCAAUAGUUUUCUCGACAUUGAAUACGGGAGUCGGUAGUCAAAUCGCGAAAAAUGUACAGAUUUCGGCGAAUUCGGCUGCUUCCCAAAGUCCGAGUGACACGUUGACACCGGCUGCGAAUACGAUACGAAGGAUGUUUGAUAGAUUGAUUAUUUUGAUUGAUCAGCAGCCAUCCGAAUCUGAAGAUCCACUCAUCACUCAACCCGAUGAAAUUCAUACCGAAUGGAUCUCAUGUCUCUCCUACAUUAUUGCACAUUCUCUCACAAUUCGAACAACUUCUUCUGGAUCGUCUGGAACGUCCACCACGUCAUCAUCUGAAGACGUCCAUCUUCCAGUCGCUGUUCUCGAACUCGUUCGUCUUCAUCAAUUAUAG